AUGAGUCAUAAAGUAUUUGUGUAUGGUACUCUAAAACGAAAUGAACCAAAUCACCACUGGCUUACAGACCCCAAAAAUGGUGUUGGAACUUUUAUGACUGAAGGGAAAACUAAAAAUAAAUACCCAUUAAUCAUAGGGACUAGAUAUAACAUACCAUUUUUAUUACAAGCUCCUGGGAAAGGACAUCAUGUUAAAGGUGAAAUAUAUGAAGUAGAUGAUUUAAUGUUGAGUAAAUUAGAUAUUUUAGAGGAUCAUCCAAAUUAUUAUGUCAGAGAAGUGGAUGAUAUUGUACCUAUAAGCGGCUCACAAUCUGAAAACAUUAAAUGCUGGGUGUAUUUCCUGAAGAAUUUCCGGCCCGAGUUGUUGUCAAAGCAGCAGUUUGAAUGCUACUCGUCCAACGGAGAUCACGGAUUGAAGUACAUGGAGAGGUCUAACAGAGAUCCUAACGAUGAUUACUAUCCCGAAGUUAAAAGAUGA